GGAAGCAUCUUUAAUGGGGUUUUGGUCUCAUGAUGAUAUUGUGAAUCUCACACAGCAUCUAUUGUUUUCUCUGAUGUCAUUACAGUGCAAGGAGGGAAGAGCUCGGCAGACUUUCUGCACUCACAGCCAGAAAUAAACACUCUUCAGCUGCUCGAUCUGCAACAAGAUGCUGGCACCGGUGGUUUUAUUUUUCUGUCUGCUCUACUUGACACCCGCAACGACUGAAGUGGGUCUUGCUGGUAAAGUUCUUCUGUUCCCGUACGAGACAGACUUCAGCUACGUCAAACUCACUCCUAAGAAGCCUCUGGGUCUUUCAGCGUUUACUCUCUGCAUGCGUGUGGCCACAGAGCUCCAGGGCGAGCGGCAGAUCAUCCUGUUCGCCUACCGAACACCCGACUUUGAUGAACUGAAUUUGUGGAGGGAGAAAGACGGCCGUGUGUCUUUCUACCUCAGCGGUGAUGGGGCGUUUUUCAACCUGCCGCCUCUGUCCACCUUCCGGACGCACCUGUGCCUGUCCUGGAGCUCUCGCACCGGGCUCGCUGCCUUCUGGGUGGACGGACGCCGCAGUGCGUUUCAGCUUUAUAAACCGGGCCACAGCAUCCGCCCGCAGGGCACUGCUCUGCUUGGACAGGACCCUGAUAAACUCCUGGGCGACUUCGAGACGGUGCAGAGUUUCGCCGGUGAACUCACAGACCUGAACAUGUGGGAUUAUGUGCUCACCGGGAACCAGAUUAAAGCGCUGUAUUUCAACCAUGCGCAGCGCGUGCCCAAGGCAAACGUGUUUGAGUGGAGCUCCAUCGAGUAUGAGAUUAAGGGGAAUGUGCUUGUCACGCAAGACGAUUGAUAAUAUUCAGUAUGAUACUACACGUAUAACAUUUACAGUUAUUUUCUGCAUAACACGUACUUUAUAGUUCACCACUGUAAUAUGCACUGCAUUGUGGGUCAUUUUAAAACUUUUACAGUAACUUACUGCAUAUUAGGAACUUGCAGUAUUCUACUGUAAUGAAAAUAAUCUAAAAAUAAUAAGUACUGCGACUGUAGUUGAAGACUAAAAUGAAAAGGUUGAUUAAAAUGUACUAAAUUUAAUAGUAAAUACUAAGGGUGCUUUCACACCUACACUUUUGUUUCGGAACCUGUCUCGUUUGCCACGUU